UAAAACGCUUCAGAGAACCAAAGCAUGAAAGACGUCCCUGGAGGAUAUGGUUUUUAGAUACUUCCAAGCAAGCCAUAGGGAUGUUGUUCAUCCACUUUGCAAAUGUCUAUUUAUCAGACCUUACAGAAGAAGACCCUUGUUCACUGUACCUUAUCAACUUCUUGUUAGAUGCCACAUUAGGAAUGCUGUUAAUCUACAUUGGUAUACGUGCAGUCAGCAGCAUUGUGGAGUGGCAGCAGUGGGAGUCCCUUCGCUUUGGUGAAUAUGGUGACCCACUGCAGUGCAGUGCUUGGGUAGGCCAAUGUACUCUGUACAUAAUGAUUAUGACAUUUGAGAAAACCAUCAUCAUUAUAGUGCUUCUUAUACCUCAGUGGAAAGAGGUGGCUUUAUUGAACCCUAUAGAGAACCCCCAGUUGGAGCUGGCUAUCGUCAUGCUGAUAGUUCCCUUCUUUGUUAACGCAUUAAUGUUCUGGGUAGUAGAUAAUUUUCUUAUGAAGAAAGGGAAGACAAAAGCUAAACUUGAAGAAAAGGAAGCAGGACAAGAUUCAAGAAAUGGAAGUAAAGUCCGAUACAGGAGAGCAGCAUCACAUGAAGAGUCAGAGUCAGAAAUCCUUAUUUCAGCAGAUGAUGAGAUGGAGGAAUCGGAUGCUGAAGAGGACCUGCGUAGACUGACCAACUUAAAGCCUAUUAAGAAAAAGAAGCAUCGUUUUGGUCUGCCUGUAUGA